CUGAACUCUCGUUCAAAGCAAGGAUGACUUUGUUGGUAAGACUCCGGAGGAGUUUCCGCCAGGUGUCUCCUCAGCUGGUGCUGUUCCUGCUGUUUGCCUUCUGCCUGCUCAGUGUUUUUGUCUCAGCGUAUUAUUUAUAUGGGUGGAAGAGGGGACUGGAGCCCUCUGGGGACAUCCCCAGCCCGGACUGCGAUGAACCGAAGGUUGCUCCCUCACGCUUGCUUCCGCUAAAGCCCAUCAAAGUGGUCGAUUCUUCUCGCACAGACCCUUUGGUUCUCGUGUUUGUGGAAAGCCUUUACUCUCAGCUGGGCCAGGAGAUUGUGGCCAUCUUGGAAUCCAGCCGUUUCAAAUACCUGACAGAGAUUGCUCCCGGGAAGGGGGACAUGCCCACGCUGACAGACAAGGACCGAGGACGCUUCGCACUGAUCAUCUACGAGAACAUUCUGAAGUACGUGAACCUGGACGCUUGGAACCGUGAGCUCUUGGACAAGUACUGCGUGGAGUACGGUGUUGGAAUCAUUGGCUUUUUCAAGGCCAAUGAGAACAGCUUACUGAGUGCUCAGCUGAAAGGCUUCCCCCUCUUUCUCCACUCCAACCUUGCGCUUAAGGACUGUAGCAUCAACCCCAAGUCUCCACUGCUGUACAUCACGCGGCCCAGUGAGGUGGAGAAGGGCCUGCUUCCAGGGGAGGACUGGACCGUCUUCCAGUCGAAUCAUUCCACCUAUGAACCUGUCCUCCUCGCCAAGACCAAGUCAGCAGAAUCCAUCCUGCACAUGAGCAUUGAUGCUGCACUCCACACCACUGUGGUACAGGACCUGGGCCUCCAUGACGGCAUCCAGAGAGUCCUCUUUGGUAACAACCUCAACUUCUGGCUGCACAAACUGGUCUUUGUGGACGCUGUUUCUUUUCUCACUGGCAAGAGGCUUUCCCUCCCCCUUGAUCGCUACAUCUUGGUGGACAUUGACGAUAUCUUUGUCGGCAAAGAAGGCACUCGCAUGAAAGUGGAAGAUGUCAAGGCUUUAUUUGACACCCAGAUUGAACUGCGCACUCACAUCCCAAAUUUCACCUUCAAUCUGGGUUACUCAGGGAAAUUCUUCCAUACAGGUACAGAUGCAGAAGAUGAGGGAGAUGACCUGCUUCUCUCCUACAUGAAGGAGUUCUGGUGGUUCCCCCACAUGUGGAGCCACAUGCAGCCUCACCUUUUCCAUAACCAGUCUGUGUUGGCUGAGCAAAUGACCAUGAACAAGAAAUUUGCUGUUGAGCAUGGCAUUCCCACUGACAUGGGAUAUGCUGUGGCGCCCCAUCAUUCAGGAGUGUACCCAGUCCACAUGCAGCUGUAUGAAGCAUGGAAACAGGUGUGGGGGAUCAGAGUCACCAGCACCGAAGAGUAUCCUCACCUCAAGCCAGCCCGCUACCGACGUGGCUUCAUCCACAAUGGCAUCAUGGUUCUCCCCCGGCAGACGUGCGGCUUGUUCACACACACCAUAUUCUAUAACGAAUAUCCCGGUGGCUCCAGUGAACUGGAUAAGAUCAUCAACGGCGGCGAGCUGUUCCUGACUGUGCUACUUAACCCCAUCAGUAUCUUCAUGACCCACCUCUCAAAUUAUGGCAACGACCGCCUGGGUUUGUACACCUUUAGACACCUGGUCCGUUUCCUCAACUCCUGGACUAACUUGAAACUGCAGACGCUGCCGCCUGUGCAACUAGCGCAGAAGUAUUUCCAGAUAUUCUCAGAGGAGAAAGACCCGCUGUGGCAGGAUCCUUGCGAGGACAAACGCCACAAGGAUAUCUGGUCCAAAGAGAAGACCUGUGAUCGGUUCCCGAAGCUGCUAAUCAUUGGUCCUCAGAAGACAGGUACCACAGCCCUCUAUCUGUUCCUGGGGAUGCACCCUGACCUGAGCAGUAACUAUCCAAGUUCAGAGACCUUUGAGGAGAUCCAGUUCUUCAAUGGGCAUAAUUACCACAAGGGCAUUGACUGGUAUAUGGAGUUCUUCCCCAUCCCUUCCAACACCACUUCUGACUUCUAUUUUGAGAAGAGUGCCAAUUACUUUGACUCGGAAGUGGCACCGAGGCGGGCUGCCGCGCUGCUUUCCAAGGCUAGAAUAAUCACCAUUCUCAUCAACCCGGCAGAUCGGGCUUACUCCUGGUACCAGCACCAGCGAGCACAUGACGACCCAAUUGCCCUGAAGUACACCUUCCAUGAGGUGAUCACAGCUGGGACUGAGUCCUCACAGAAGCUCCGUACCUUACAGAACCGCUGCCUAGUACCAGGCUGGUAUGCAACCCACAUCGAACGCUGGUUGAAUAAUUUCCAUGCCAACCAGAUUCUUGUCCUGGACGGCAAGCUGCUACGCACAGAACCAGCCAAAGUGAUGGAAACAGUCCAGAAGUUUCUCGGGGUAACAAACAUCAUAGACUACCACAAAACUCUUGCGUUUGAUCCCAAGAAAGGAUUCUGGUGCCAACUACUGGAGGGAGGGAAAACCAAGUGCUUGGGGAAAAGUAAAGGAAGGAAAUAUCCAGAGAUGGAUUUAGAUUCAAGAGCGUUCCUGAGGGACUAUUACCGGGACCACAACAUAGAGCUAUCCAAGCUACUGUACAAAAUGGGCCAGACUCUGCCAACUUGGCUGCGGGAGGAACUUCAGAACACCAGAUAGCCACUUCGUAUUUCCUGUAUUGAGCAAUAGUAGAAUGAGUCCAUGGGGAGGAUCUCAAACCUGAAUGCCGAGCCGAAAUGACAUGGUAGGGUGUGAGGUAUACGACCCGGGAACAAGCAUUUUGAGCAAUAUCCAUUCAAGGUCUUCAAGGGAAAUGGG